AUGGGUAAAUGUGGUAAAGGUACUGGAUCGUUCGGUCUCAGGAACGGAAAAACUCAUGUUCUUUGCAAUAGAUGUGGAAACCCAUCAUUCCACGACCAAAAGAAGAAAUGCGCAUCUUGCGGUUUCCCAGAUGCUAAGACUCGUCGCUACAACUGGUCGUUCAAGGCUAACAGGCGCAAGACCACUGGGACUGGCAGGUGCCGUCAUUUGAAGACCAUGCCACGCCGUUUCAAGAAUCGCUUCCGUGAGGGAACAAAGCCACCCUCUAAAAAGUAA